UUCAUCAUCUUCAUCUUCAUCUUCUUCUUCUUCAUUUCUUGAUCUUGAUCUUUCCCUUCAAAUUUCUCCUCCUAAUAAUGGAGUUGGGGCUGUUCAUACUCAUAAAUUCAAUCAAAUCACUAAUGGGGUUUGGCUUUUCAAUCAUCAUCAUAAUAAUAAUCAUCAUCAUCAUUCCUUCGCUUCGCCCCCGCCGUUUCUUCGGAGCCAAUUGGAUCCGGGUCGGUCGCCGAUGGCAAGAGGGCGGUGCAUAAGGGCGCCGAGGAUGCGGUGGACGAGUACUCUCCAUGCUCAGUUUGUUCAUGCUGUUGAGCUUCUUGGUGGCCAUGAAAGAGCUACACCUAAAUCUGUUCUAGAGCUUAUGGAUGUCAAGGAUCUUACAUUGGCUCAUGUCAAAAGCCAUUUACAGUUUUUUUNUGCUCAUAAGACGACCACCGACAAGCCUGCAGCUUCUCCAGGUUGGUCCGAGGAUAGCUCGGGUGUUCUAGACCAUGAAAUGUUAUCCAUCUCGAUGUCGAUAGGAAGUGAAACGGGAGAUGGAAGCUUGCAACUUUUUUCGACUCGAAGGGAUAUGGGCUAUUCUUCCUCCAAUACUCCCGUUCUCUCUGUGAAUUCCACGAGCGUUAGAGACGGUCGACCAACGAGGAGUUGCCAUGACAUGGAUGGCGGCCAAUCAUCAACUUUAAAAGUUCCAUCAAAAUCCUCACAACAAAAGCUCAGUUGAUCGGGAGAUUAAUUGCAUUUGGAUUGUCUGAACCCUAAUUUAAAGAUGGGUUUAGGCAAAUUUGAUUGUCGUGUGCUCGAGAAGAAUGUUCGAUUAUUGAUCUUUGUAUUUUUUUCAAUUAUGUACUUAAAUAUUGGAGACAUUAUUAAUUCAUAUAAAAGUUUAGAAUUUAGGGUUCGAGAAUGAGAGCGCAUAUCGAUUUUGUAUUAUGGUGUUUAAUGACUUGCUUGUGUAGUGGUUAAGAUAUCAUUAUAUUCUAAUUUGUAAGGC